GUGUGUCAUUCAUGAAUCCACCAAAACGUCCGGGAGUCGGGGUCGGGGUGCUGGUGACAGACUCAGCCCACCCUGGGUGUGUCCUCUUGGGGAAACGAAAAAGCCAAAUGGGCCAUGGGACCUACCAGCUCCCUGGUGGCCACCUGGAGUUUGGGGAGACGUGGGAAGAGUGUGCUCACAGGGAGGUGUUGGAGGAAGCAGGGGUGCGUCUGGUGGACGUCUGCUUUGCCUCAGUGGUGAACUCCAUCAGGCUGGAGGAGCAGUACCACUACGUCACCAUCAUCAUGAGGGGAGAACUGGACCGGGAGCAGUCAGGAGAGCCGGAGAACCUGGAGCCGGAGAAGAACGAGGGUUGGACGUGGACGCGGUGGGACCGGUUUCCUCCAGAGGAGCAGCUCUUCUUACCGCUUGCAGGACUGAGACAGCAAGGCUUCCAGCCGUUCAGGAACACAGCGACAAGCAGCGCUGAAACUCAGCUUUGAAACGGCCAUGUUACAUUGGGAAACAUUUAAUCCUUCUCUAAAGGAUAAAACAGACCUCAGUGCUUGUUUACAAAUGCUAUUUCUUAAACAUCACUUUUUUCUGUUACUAUACAUACUGUAACAUUCAUUCAGAUU